AUUGCUCUCCCUUUGGCUUUAUGCUUGGAGUGCAGUGGUGGACCGCCUGCCCCACACAGCCUUUGUUUGCUCCUGGGACAGUAUGUGGACUAGAAGCACUUUAUCUCUUCACCUUCCAAGGAGACUUCAGCUCCAGUCCUCUCUGUCUCCUGUCCUCAGUCUACAGUGCACAAUGAAGGGCAUGGGCAGAUCUGAAGAUGUCGGCAGACUCGUUCGGAGCAGGGGGGAGCGAUGCCCAACAGAGCCUGCAGUCUUUUUGGCCCAGGGUCAUGGAGGAGAUCAGAAACCUCACAGUGAAGGAUUUUCGCGUGCAGGAGCUUCCACUUGCUCGAAUCAAGAAAAUCAUGAAGCUGGAUGAGGAUGUGAAGAUGAUAAGUGCUGAGGCCCCUGUACUGUUUGCCAAAGCAGCUCAGAUCUUCAUCACAGAGCUCACUCUCAGAGCCUGGAUCCACACAGAGGACAACAAGCGUCGCACACUGCAGAGGAAUGACAUAGCCAUGGCCAUCACCAAGUUUGACCAGUUUGACUUCCUCAUCGACAUUGUCCCAAGAGAUGACCUCAAACCACCCAAACGCCAGGAGGAGGUGCGUCAGUCAGUGGCCCCAGCAGAGCCAGUCCAGUACUACUUCACACUGGCUCAGCAGCCUGGAACAGUGCAGGUGCAGGGGCAGCAGCAGGGGCAACAGGUGGCCGCACCGACCGCCACCACCCUGCAGCCUGGACAGAUCAUCAUCGCCCAGCCCCAGCAGGGCCAGGUGUUGCAGGGGACUGCUAUGCAGCAGCUACAGCAGGUGCAGGUAGCUCAGUCACAGGCUACCCCCAUCACGAGUGCUCCAGUGACCAUGCAGGUGGGUGAGGGCCAGCAGGUGCAGAUUGUGCAGGCGGCUGCACAGGGGCAGGCCCAGGCCCAGGCCCAGGCAGCACAGCCAGCUGGCCAGACCAUGCAGGUCAUGCAGCAGAUCAUCACCAACACCGGAGAGAUUCAGCAGAUCCCCGUGCAGCUAAACACAGGCCAGCUGCAAUACAUUCGCUUAGCUCAGCCAGUCUCAGGAACACAGGUCGUUCAAGGACAAAUACAGACACUUGCAACAAACACUCAACAGAUAUCACAGACAGAAGUGCAGCAAGGGCAGCAGCAGUUCAACCAGUUCACUGAUGGUCAGCAGUUGUACCAGAUCCAGCAGGUGACAAUGCCAGCAGGGCAGGAGCUGACCCAACCCAUGUUCAUCCAGUCCACCAGCCAGACGGCCGAUGGCCAGGUCACCACGCAGGUCACUGCCGACUGAGGCUCUGGAGCUGUCCUUCACCCCACCUCUCCCAGUCGCCACCAGCGCAAUAACCACACUGCUCCAGGUCUUCUGGAGGAGCGGGAUCCCAACCAUCAGCACCACUCUCAGCACCAACAGGGCAUGUCUAGUCCUUCCUGUUCACAGUCCUUUUUCAUGCAGAGCCAUAUAUACUGGCAUUUUCUCACGGUGACCACCAUACUUUAAUUGCUGUAAUUUUAUGUUUUAGCAUUGACUUAAAUACUGUCCAAAAAAAAAACCUUAUUUUCUUUGUUUCCUGAGAACAGGUUUAAAUAAUUCAAAUGAUCACACAGUGGCAGAAGCCGGUUCUCUUCCUUAGUGAGAGUCCUUCCUGGUUAGUUUCCCCACACCCACCAAAAUGGUUGGCAAAAUACCUGUUCCUGUUAUCCAAUCGUGAUGUGAUUAAUGAAGAGCACUACAGCUGACCUUUUCCUUCCUCCAGCCAAUCCACAGACUUAUUUCUAAAAAACACAAUCUAGCAAGUCAGCAAGGCUGGUCUAUGUCUUUCCAGACUGGUUAGUCAGAUGCAGUUUGUUCUUUUCAGGGCACAGUUUCUAUGGUAUAAGGCAAAGCAAGCCAUUUUAGCAUUCAGUGUACCAUUAACAUUACACUGUGAAGCUCUCAGGAAACUCUGCCCUGAUGACCCUAGUGACCUAGUCUCAAUACAAACACUGCAAACAGUCUGGUCUUCUAUGUAGUGUAGUUGGAGCAUCUCUUUGUUAAGACAGUUUCAGAGUCUGUUUGAUGAAGAGAAAGGUAUGUUUUCUCUUCAGGUUCUAGAUGCAAAUCUAGAAGUCUUUUAUGCCUUGUAUAGUUACAGGCCUGGAAAAAUGUUCCUGUGGAGCUUUUGUGUGGUCCGAGAUGAAAAUUGUUAAUUUUAGGCCCAAGUUAAAUUUAGAUCAUUAUCCAUUUUCAUUAUUGAUGAUCAUGCCAUUUUGUGUAGAGUUCAAAGCUUAACAAUAAAGCCAUAUACCCAUCCUGUAUACCCAUCCUGUAUACAAGUAUCGCUGUAGUUUGUAUGAUACCUUUGUUUGUAGUUCACUUUUAAUUGUGUUGGUUCUGUUUAACUAGUAUCUUGUAUAGUUUUCAGAUUUGAUAAUGUAAUGUUGCUGAAAGGGCUUCUUAUUGUUGGGUUUUCUACAUAUAAAAUAGUGUGACUGCAAAUAUGGUUGAGUUGUGUGCGUGCGUGUGCGUGCGUGCGCGCGUGUGUGUGUGAGAGAUGGUGAGUUUCCCCAGUGUGUGAUAUUGUGCAUUAAAACAUUUCUCUGAACCACAUCUUUCCUCCUUCCUAGUCUCCCUUUGUGGAAACUACCCUCCAACUACCACAUGUACAAACUACAUGUUGAAAUUAUAUCCUUUUAUAUACACAUUUUAAAACCAGUUGUAAUGAAAUCAAUUUUGUUUUUUAAUCUUUAGAAAUUUGUCAUCACUUUGUUGUAUUUUUGGGUUAUUUGCAUGUAGUUAUCGCUGCUGGCAUGAAAUGCAAUCCGCAGGUACAUUUUCUUUCUUUUAUUUUUUAAAAAGUUGGGUUUGUGAGAAAAUAAAAAAAAACCUACAAGAAUGCUUUUCACUAUAAUAACUACUAA